AUGGCCCCCUCAGGUUUGUACAUAGCUCCGCCAUUGAACACGACCCCCGUCCCUGCAGCGGCUUUGCCACGGAGCAUGGCGCUCUACGCGGUGGUGCCAGACUCCCAGAUACGGGACGCAACCGUGGAGAGGUUCCUCAAGGAGAUCGCCGGGGAGAAGCCCAUCCGGUUCACCCCGCAGCAGCUCUCGGGCUUCACAAAUAACUAUUCCACCCGGCUCGGCGCCGUCUACAAGGGAAUGCUGCCCAACGGCCUCGCAGUCGCCGUGAAGCGCCUCCACCCGGGCCAAGACGACAGGACCUCGCAGGAGCAGUUCAUGGCGGAGGUGGGCACCAUCGGGAGGACGCACCACAUCAACCUGGUCAGGCUCGGCUGCUGCUACGACGCCGACGUGCGCACGCUAAGAGAUGAGAUUUAG